AGUUUUUCGAUUGUUGUUUCCAGCCCUACUCUCAGGCCAAUCCGCCUCCUCCACCAGCUCUCUCCCCAACACAAAUGACGUCUGGCAUUCCCAUCUUGGAACCCCAGCGCCCACCACACGAUUACCUUCCCAUCGCUGUCCUCACCACCAUAUGCUGCUUCUGGCCCACAGGGAUCAUUGCUAUCAUCAAGGCUGUGCAGGUGCGGACUGCAGUUGCCCGCGGCGACAUCGUAUCGGCUGAAAUUGCCUCCCGGGAGGCCCGCAACUUCUCCUUCAUCAGCCUGGCGGUGGGCAUCGCCGCCAUGGUCCUGUGCACCAUCCUUACAGUGGUGAUCAUCAUUGCCGCUCAGCACCAUGACAACGACUGGGACCCCUAGCGACCAAUCGCCUGUCUUCGGCCUACUCCUGCACCCUGACAACUGGUCACAACCGCCCUGGCAACAGCCGCCCGCAGGGAUGGUCCUUGGCAACCGCCUCCCCUCCUUCUCCCCUGUCUUCGCCCUUGCCGACGACACUCGAAAUGCUUGGCAACCCUUCUCCACCCACUCUCCGCCCACUCCCAUCGUCCUUGGCUGUUGUUGGCCUUGCUAGCCGUACCGACUCAGCAAAAUGACUUCCAGGUGACGCCAUUCAGACGUGCUCCAUAAAGCUAAGGCUCCUAGCAAAGUUGCUUGUCCUCCGUCCGUUCCUUUCCCAGAAUACGUUGCUUGCUUCCUUCCUUCCUGAGGAGUAGGCUCCGCCUUCUGUGACCAAGAAGUAACCAUCUUCCUCCCGCUGUGUUUGCAUGCCUAGUGCUGCCCUUGUAUGGACCGGGGUGCCAGCACAGUCUUGGAUAAAGCCCUGUCUCUCUGCCCCCAUCAUUCUUUUCAUCGGCUGCUUCCCUUUCUCCAUUUUUGCAAUAGCUAGAGGCACCCAGUAUUUUUGGAGAGCCUGAUUGGCUAUCUCCCCGUUUUAUCUGAGGCGAGAAAGGAACCGUUGCUUUCAAGCCAAGUGAAACAAAUCACCGUCCGUAAUUAGGAAGGCAUAUAUUUUCAUACGCUGUUUAGCAAUGUUCCAUUCGGUAAGCAUGCAAAGUAUAAUCCACAGCCUGUUUUUUUUUUUAAGUUCUUUUUUGCAGGGCUUAAGCAUCACUCUUUUUAUACAUUUCAUUUUGCACCAGGGUUCUAACAUUUCUUCCUUGGAGAAGACUCUGAAAGUUGUUGUUUUUUUAAAAAAACAAACAAACUCUGUACUUAAGUUUGAUUUCAUCCCAUCUGUCUCCACACUCUGCAAUCCACGUUUUUACAUUUUAUCCUCGCCAUUUUCUUAACAGAGGGGCUUAGAGAGUUUUGUUGCCUUUCAGUGAUUUUUACUCAGAGAGCCAACUCUUUUGCUACUGGCUGAUAUCCAGGGUCAAUUAGGCAAGGCACAUUACAGUAAACUUCCAACCACGAAAGAAAGAAAGGUAACUAAAGGGACUUAAUAAGAACUACCAGACAAUUAUUUGAUAGUAUCAAUACUUCGAUAGCAGCCAGCACAAUGAUGGCAGAAAACAUAGCAAGAUCUAGCUGAUCAAGAAGACAGAAAGGGGGGAGGAGAUGUAAAGUAAUUGGAGGAUGAAAGAGGCAGCAAAAGAUCCAAGUGUCCAUUAAUAAAUGGGGGUGUCCAGUGGGGCCAUUUCCAGGACCAGGUAAUAUCCAACCUAGAAGAAAAUCUAGAGAAGGGUUCCGGAUUAGAUGCUUUUAUAGCAUCAUAUGCUAAAUAAGAGUAAGGCCUACUCAACGUGGUGACGAGACAAUAGGAUGGACUACACUCUUACAGAUCAAAAGAAGUGGGAAUAAUAUAUUUUUGGUCCCCGGCUUUUAAAUAUUAAUCAGCAAGUAGCGCCAAGGUAACAUGUUAGGCAACCAGAUUUAGACAAAGUUUAGACCCUUAUUUGGCUUACCACACUUACUUGUCUGAUCAUCAAUCACCCUAACCUACCUCAGGCUUACUUUUUAAAAAAAUAUGUGAUCCACAGAACAGCCUAAUAGAGAUAGUCCUCCACUUACGGCUUACAAAAAAAAAUUUGAAUUGGUCGUGUGACUGAUCUGCUUUAUGGCCAUGAUGAGUAGGGUCCAUUACGGUCAUAACUUGAGGACUCGCUGUAGCAAGCCAAGAGAAAGGAGUGAGCUAUUCUGGCUAUUAUUACCAACUAGUUUUUCAUCAGGGAGGGAUUUGGGAAAAAUACUCAAAAUUGCAACCCACACCUAUGUUCUGUAAUCAAACAAUGAUAUGUAAUCCAUCACUUUUGGGACAUGCAAAUUGAUGCCACUAGAAACAGUGAGAGAAUCUUUUACCUUAUUUCCACCUGGAAGUGAAUGGUAUUGAUAAGUGAUAUUUUUGAAUACUUUUUUCUAUGAAUGACAAUGCAGGUAGUAAAUUAGCAUAGAAGAAAGACGAAAAUACUGUUCCUUUUGAGGUGCUAGUUUAUUUACAUGCAAGUAGUUUGAUAUAAACAAGGGAGAACAAUUUACAGAAAGAGCUCCUUUAAUUUAACAAAUGGACAUGAGACAAUUGAGACUUGACACCACGCCUUGUUCUGAUUAAUAAAGUAGAUCGUUUCUAAGUUGCAUCAGCCAAAAUCGAUUGGCUGGUUUAAUGGGCACGCAACACGGUGCGUUUCAGGCAUGGGGGCUUCCCUACAGAAUUUUUUUUUGCAUUCCUUUGUAUUUUUAAGGCCUCCUGUUCUCUCCAAUCUGUGCCAAAUCUCGUUAUCAUAUGAACUUCCUAUUCAUUCCCCCUCCCCCCCCACCUCUUUGGAUGUUGGACUCUAUACUCUUAUCUCUGUUUGCAAGUGACAUGGUUACAGAAUCUCUGUCAAUAAAGACAUUUGAUUGAUUCCCUGCAUCUGAUGUAAUUGUAUUUACAAGUGGAAGGUUCGAUAGCCUUUCUCUCACCCCGGUCAAUCGUUUCUCACCUCCUUCCCCCCCCUCCAUUGGUUUACAAUCCCCAAAUUCUGCAGUCUCUUAGGAGAUGGUUGCUUAGAAACAGCAAAAAAAGGGAUAUGGAUUUAAAGCGAUCGCUGGGCAUGUGACAGCCCUAGAAAAGCAAGGAGAGAAACCUAUAAUAAUAGCAAGAAGGGUGGGAGAUUUUGGCUUUCCUCCACCACAGCAGAAUCUCCAGCUGCGUGUCACACCUGCAAGGUUUUUGUUUUUUAAAAAAAUAAGGAUUCUGCAAUAUUCAUAUUCCUUCCUCGCCUUGCAAGCGAGUGCCACUUCCAAAUUUCUGCCUAUGGUAUAUAAAUGUGCAUACGGUUUACUACUUUUGUUUCCAAGAUGCCAGUUUUCAAAAUAGCAUCUCUUUCCUUCUCCUUCAAAUGGCAUGAAGAUUGUGCUCUAGUACAGCGAUCACUAACUGGUGGUAAAUGAGAAAAUUUUGGUGGUCCGCAGAUAAAUCUUUGCAUUUUUUUAUAUCACACUAAAUCAGGGAUCCUCAAACUAUGGUCCCUGGGUCGGAUACGGACCGCUGAAGCAAUUAAUCUCACUCACUGAUGGGAUGCGGUCCUUCAGGCACUUACUUAGCUGCCUGUUUUGUAACUCCAGGCACUUAAGUGAACAGUGCUUGAAACUUUGUCCAGGAUCCUUGAAAGACAGAGUUUGCAGUGGGCCGAUCUAACGCCUGGGCUGGCUACAAAACAAACAUUCAUUCUUGGCUGUAUUUGAGAUUCCCAGCUGCAAUGGACAGCAAACCUAGAGUUGAUCCUGGGCGCUUCUCUCCGCUAACAAGUGGCUAAGCUGAGUGCCUGAAAGACCCCAUCCUUCAGUCACUAAUUCAUACAAGGGAACCAUGGGAUUAUGAAUUUAGUGGUCCCUGCGGUCCGAAAGGUUGGUGACCCCCUGCUCUAAUGGGCCAAUUUGCUUUUAAAAAGUAAGUAAUUUAGUCCAAUUUAUCUAACUGGGAGAUGCCCAAAUCCCCAUCAAACCUUUAAGCCUUAUCUGCUCUUCCUGUGAUUUUUUAUCAAAGCAAUGUGUUUUCUUGCUAAUCUUCACAACUGAAAACAGUGAGAAAUUUGUCUGGGGAAAAAAACCCACACCUCUGCAUUAAAAUAAGGGCGAAUACUUUGAGGACUGUGGCUUCUGUACAAAGUCUCCCAUAAAAUUCCUCCUUUGUACUCGUCCAGCGUGAACCCAGAGUCACCACAUAGUGUACGUAAAGCUUCGAGCCUGAGUUGUGUAAAGAAGGAAUAGGGGAAAUGUUAUUGGUCUUCCCCGACUUAACUUCCAAUGGUUUUACAAAAGCCUUGCUAGAUUAAGGCUCAUUUUUUAAAUGAUCCAGCAGCU